GUAGAAGUAGAAUUUACUUUUUAUUUUGAUUGUAAAACGCGUAACGCGCUUAACGGGAAAUUCCCUUUAGCACAUCAUCUUGUUUAUUCACAGAAUAAGUACAGUUUUAUUUAUUCACUUUCCCAAUUUUUUCUAUUAGAAACUCAGUUUAAACACAAAAAAAUAGCAAAUUAUAAUGGAUAUAUUUAAUUUUUGCUGGAUGACUCUUCUCGAUGAAUCGAAGAAAUGUUGUGUAUUUUUUGAUAAAAAUACAUGCAAUGUGAGAAAUGACAUCGACGAAAAUUUUAACAAGCCUAUUAAUCGAAUUUCUUAUUUAUAUAAAUUUGGAAGCUACAAUAUUUCUUUUUUCCAUCAAUGUUUUAAGGAAUUCUUUACGAAAGCACCAGAUUCUUUCAACAUAAUUGAUAAUUUUCGUUCUAUAAAGAAUCUUACUAUUUGUUCGAUGAGUACUGGACCAGGAACUGAUAUAAUUGGACUUUUGUACUCCCUUCACUUAAUUAAUAAACCGUUAAUAAAUCCAACAACUUUUAAAAUUAUUAGUAGGUAUGGAUCAUGGCGUAAUUUAGUUACUGAAAUGCUAAGUUCCUCCAUUAUCAGUGUACCAGACACUUCAACUUGUAAACUGAUUGAAUGUGAUUUUUUGAAAGAUUUGUCUAAAAAGGCACAAGGCUAUUUGAAAGCUGCAGAUAUCUUAUUAAUGUGUAAUUCUUUUUCAUCUUCAAUAAUUCCUGAGAAAGUUAUUCACAAUACAUUGAAGAGGGUUAUUCAAGUGCUGAAACCUGGGACUUUAGUAUUUUUCAUCAGCAGUAAAGAAAAAUCUGCUUAUUUCCAUGAACUGGACAAUUACGGUUCCUUUUUAUUUGGACCAGUUGAAGUAACUUUAGAAAAUAUGCCCUAUAAUGAGAAAAUUAUUCAAAUAGUUGGAGUUAAACCUUUAUGUUCAGGUAGAUCUUUAUUUGCUGUAUGGCAAAAAUCACAUGAACCAAAUUUUCAAAAUGAAACAGAAAAUAAUUUGACUAGUUUGCAUUUGUCCACUAAAUUGAUUCAGAGUAAAAGUGAUAAAUUAGACGUUAAUUCUCCAACUCUAGGCAUGUCUAAUUUGAAAGGAGAAUUCUCAAGUAAUAGAAAUAUCAGUCCAAUUGAUAGUACUGCAAGUUCAUCUCAAUUUUCUUCAGGCAGUAUCUCUAGUCAAAUUAUAGAAAAGAAAGACAAGCCUUUUGUUUCCAAGAAUUCAAUUGAUUUCAUUGAACAAAUAAAUUUUUCUGACACAAAUACAUCUACAAAAUCACUGAAUACCUUUGAUUCAGUAAUGAGAAAAAAAUAUGUAUCACCACCCUGUGGAAAUGGUCUUCAGAAUGAAGAAAAUAAUGGUAAUAAUAUACAUUACUUUAUGAAAACUUUUGAGAAUUUAAUUGCAAAGUUAGAAGGAUAUAUAACUUCUCAGGAAUCAUCAAAAGUUUUUUCUGUUAAGAGAAAACAAUCCUGUGAUCAACAUCACCAUCAAAACAUGCAUGAAACUCAGUGUAGAUGUUCUGUAAAACCAUGUCAAUUUAUUAAGAAUGGUGUAACUUGUUGUCAUUCUGAGAUGUGUUACAUUGAUACCAAUGUUAGUAACUGCAACUGUUCUAUGAAUAUAGUUAGUAAUUUGCACAGAGAUUUACCUCAAAAAGGUCCUUGUAUUGUUAUACCAAUACAAAACUUAUCCAAUGAAUCCUUAGUUCAAAUAUUAUCAAUAAUAUCUCAAAAUACUUCAUCUGCAAAUAAAAUUGCAUCAAAUUUGCUUCCAAAGAAAGAAGAAAGUUAAAAUUCUUGUACUUACUUCUAUUUAUUAAUUUUUCACAGAUGUAUUCAUGAUAGUUUUAAAAUAUGGGAUUGUCCUAACAUGCUAAUUUCUGAUUAGAAUGUGACAUGCUAUAAGAAUAAUUUUAAAUAAAUAGAGAAUAUUGUAUGGAAAUACUUUAAAAAGUACUAUGCUAUUGUUAAUAUUCAAAUAUAGAAAAAUAAAGAAUUGAUUAUUUACAUGACUUUCUUUUAUUAUUAUUAUUGUAGAAAUAAAUAUUAAAAUGUUUUAGAAUUCAUAGAAAUAGCCUUGUCAACAAAAGUAAUGAAAAUGUUCAGAAAUUAUGCAUCUACCUGUAUUCAACUGAUAACAAUAUUGCUAAUUAUAAUUAAAUUUUAAAAGACAAGGAUUACUUUAUCUGGUAUAGUGCUCAAUGAAAUUUCUUUUUCAGAAACAAGUUUAUUGGUCUAAACCUUUUAUACUAUAAUAUAUAUAUAAAUGUAGCUAUAAGAUGUAUCUUAUUAUUCUUUCACUUUUCUUUAUGAAUUUGAUAAUUUUA